AUGGGCCCCUGUACCGCCUCCUCAUGCUGCUGCCAGGCUCGUAAUCUGUCAUGGGCCCCUGUACCGCCUCCUCAUGCUGCUGCCAGGCCCGUAAUCUGCCAUGGGCCCCCGUAUCGACUCCUCAUGCUGCUGCCUGGCCCGUAAUCUGUCAUGGGCCCCUGUACCGCCUCCUCAUGCUGCUGCCAGGUCCAGAGUGUGUCAUGGGUCCCUGUACGGCCUCCCAUUGCUGCUGUCUCCAUCGCCACACUCUGCCAUGUGCCACUUUCAGGUCUCCUCACACUGCUGGUGGGUUCCAUUUUGUCAUAGGGUGCUGGCAGAUUACGGGCCUCCCAUUGCUGCUGCCAGGCCCGUAAUCUGCCAUGGGCCCCCGUAUCGACUCCUCAUGCUGC